AUGCUUGAAGGAUUUUCUCUCAAAACAUAUUCAAAAUGUGUGGGAACGAAUCAUUUGGAUCCAUGUAAAUGUCGAUCUGCGAAUUUUGGAGUUGAUGUUUUAGCUGGUGAAUUAAAAAGUCCCGGUUAUCCUAUCAAUUACUGUAACAAUUUAAACUGUAAAUAUGAGAUAGAUGCAGUCCCGGGUCAGUCAAUUCAUUUGUCGAUCGUUUCUUUUGAAACUGAAUUACGACAUGACUUACUUGAGAUUCAUCAAACAUUCAUCUUUGCGAACAAUCAGUAUUCGGCCCGUAUUGCCAUGUUAUCCGGGAGAGACAUCGGCUGGCCAUCAUUUGCAUCUUCUACCAGCAGUGGAUUCAUCCUGAAAUUCAUUACCGAUAGUACAGAAACAUUCGGUGGAUUUCAUGCUAGCUUCAACAGGAUCAAUGUCACUUCAUCAACCAACUCCUGUCCGCCAUUCUUCUUUGAGGCGACGAGUGAGGACAGAGCAUUGCCUAGUCCGCCAAUCAAUUUCGCGUAUUUCACUGGUUGUGCUUAUAUGCUGAAUACGAGUGAAGGUCGCAGUAUAAAACUGAGUCUAAAAUCGCUCGCUUCUAGGGUCAAAUUUAUCGUUUAUGAAACAGAAAACUACCAAGUUCCAACGGGUCACACUAUUUCUCCAUUAUCUGAGAACGUUGGAUUGAUGGAUUCGUUCCCGAAAGAAAUAAUAUCGCGGAGCAGUUCCAUAUUGAUACGGGUAACAGAAGUGCAACGGGAAUUGUUUCCGGCUAGAGCACGUGGCAAAUUCUUAUUUGAAGCUCAGUUCAGUCGCACUGACAGCCCAUGCAAAUGUUUCCCGAAGAGUUGUACUAUUCGAAUUGAUCGUCCAACAAUACUAUCCUCUCCCGGGUUCCCUGUUGAAUACUGUGAUAAAUUGGAUUGUGAAAUAGAGCUUCAGCUUGACCAAUAUGCUAUCGAUUCAACCCAUCAUAAUGCAAUAAUCAUAGAAAUUCAUGCUUUCAAUCUAGAACACGGUUCCGAUUUCGUGCACUUCUUGGACAGAUCGAAGCAUUCAUCCAGACAUUUGAUAAGUCGCACUGGUGAAUUAUCAACAAGUCGUAACAAAUUUUUCACAUUCUGCGGGGAAAGUGCCGUGCUACGAAUGAUUACUGAUUCAACGGUCACAAAUAAUGGCUUUAAUAUGACUAUUAGCGCCAUCCAAAAGAAAGACGAUUGUCGAUGUAAGGGUGAAGCACAACCAUUGGAAUUUUCAUCAUCAGCAGGAAAGUUUUCAUUUAUUUCACCUGUGGAUUGUGGCUUCCUCGACUGCUUCUUCCAGUUUAACCGUCCUAUAACUGCUUUGGAUACGGAUCGCAUACGACUGGUAGUAAAUGUAACUUACACUUUUAAGAAUGGGGAAGAAGAAUUUUUGGAGGUGUUGACAAGCAUCAAUAAUUACAAUAUCAUCCCGUCACAUCUCAAUGAACGAGACAUUACUGUGUAUGCUUACAUAUAA